AUGCAAUUCUUCAAAACCGUUUCGUUGUUCGCUUUGGCUUCGCAAUCAUUUGCAGCAUUAUCCCAAAUCAAAUUAUACGCCCAAUCAGAGAAUCAGGAAAUUGACGGUAAAGGGUUAACUUACAGACACGAAGGUGCUGGAAUCAACUACUUCUUUGUCUCGACUACAGACGCUGGCGCAGAAUUGACCUACGAUGACGAAUCAAAGACCAUUUACUCGCAAGUCAACCCACAAAUCAGAUUCCAGUUUUCUACUGAAGGUGACAUUGUCCAAUUGAGUGUGUUCACUCCCGAAGCCGUUGAAAUUGGCUCAGAUGGAGUCUUGAGCUUCAGUGGCAGUGACGCUUUGCAAGCUGCCAAGAAUAUCAACGAUCCAUACGGUUACUCCCAGGACUCGUACGCGGUUGUCGUUGGCGAUAAAGGUGGUUCCCCCUUGCAAAUAGUUGCUCAAUCUGCUUAG